GAGGAGAAAAGUGACGCAACAUCUCUUCCGGAGCACGUAUUAUGGAAGGCUGCUCGGGUUGGGAAGGAUGGGGCUGUCGUUGAAGCGGUCCAAACUGUUUAUGACGAAUGUGAGACUUUAUCCCAAACCGUACCUUCAACCGAGGUCCAGGAUUGCAGGAGCGUACUUAGUCGAGUACUAAAUGUUCCUGAGUAUUCCGGUCGUGUGAGGGGUAAGGGUUUUGGUGUGACUCCGUCGUCAUUUUAUAAAAAACCAAAAAUAAAAAAUCCUACCAACAAAGAGGUGAUGGAGACCUUGGCGGAGUUAAGGGCACAAGUACUCCAACUGCAAAACGAGAAUGCAAGGUAUAGAGAGGAAAGGUGCGCCUCCGAGGCAAAAGAUACUAGUGACCGAGUUAGUAUCAAUUGUCAACCGAAAUUUCCCGAGGGCAUUUCACCUUGUCAGCUGUAUCUAUCGUCACCAACUUAUCGCAUGGUUGGCAAGGGAAAAGUGAACAACACUUCGGGUGAAUUACUUCACCAUAAUCCCCUCCCGGUGGGAUAUAUGAAAGUUUCGGUUGACCUUGUAUUAGAUACCGACGCGCUUCUACCAUUACCUGACGUUGUUUCAGAGACAACGUUGAUGCGAGAAAUAGUCGGAUCCUUUGUUGGAUGGCCGUCAGAUCUAAUUUUCCCAGAUGCCGAGGUAUAUAUGUUCUAAAUGAUUAUGAAUCUUUAGUAUUCACAUUUCAAUUCAGCUACAAUUAUGAUAUUUAAUCAAUCCUUAUUACAUGGUAAUGUUAGACUCCUACAAGACCCACGCAUAAAGC